CGCCGGCGCAUCAAUAUAUUUGUGACAGUACACAGAACGUCAAAAAUUGAGAAAAUAACUCAGCCAGUUCAAGUUAAGCGAGGGUCAAUAACAGCAUAAACUCAAUACCCCUCCUGUUUGAAAUGGGAGGAUGUAUUGGGUCGAAUCGCGAGAACGGACCGUCGUCUGGGGAGUCGUCAGAUGCAGCAGUUUCUAUAGGGAGGAAUCAACCUUUAAAACCAGAGAAACCCAAGUGGAAGAGUGAGGUCCCCUUGACUGAGGGUCAGUUGCGGUCCAAGCGGGAUGAGUUUUGGGACACAGCCCCUGCCUUUGAGGGAAGAAAGGAGAUCUGGGAUGCACUAAAAGCAGCAGCGUAUGCUCUAGAAACUGGAGAUCAUUCCCUGGCACAGGCCAUUAUAGAUGGAGCUAACAUAUCACUUCCUCAUGGAACACUGAUGGACAGUUAUGAUGAGUUAGGGAGCCGCUACCAGCUCCCUGUUUAUGUUCUGAGUGCCCCUACAAACUUAAUUGAGGAUAUUAGUGAAAGUGAGGCUGGAGCUGACUCAGAGAACCAGUCACCGGGACUAGAAAUUCCUAUAAAGUUCCGAAUCUCCACUUCAAAUAAAGACCUCAAGCUUUAUGUUAGGACCACGGACACUGUGCUGAAACUCAAAAAACGUAUCUGUGAUGAAACGGGCAUUGAGCCACGCCUGCAGCGCUGGUUCUUUGCUGGGCGACUUUUGGGUGAUAAACUAAGAGUGGAGGAUGCCCGGAUUCCAAAAUCUUACGUAGUUCAGGUGAUAGUGGCACCAGAAGCUGGGGACGGAACUACCUAAUUCAUGUCUUUCUGUUUUUUAUUUUGUUCUGUUUUGACUUGAGAAUUUUUUACGCUUUGUAUAAUCAUGAAAAUUCGUUGUUCUCAUGUUUUAUUACAGUCCUUGUUUUUUUUUUUCUUAUGAUAUAGAACAAAUGAAGUUGUUAUGAAAUAUUUGGUAUGUUUUCCUCUUUCACUUAAACUAAUAUGAAAAUUAAUCAUGUUUAGUAAUUUUUUUUUCGAAAAGGUUUGGCAUAAAAAAAUUUGCUUUACACAGCAAUUCUGUUUCUGGUGAAUUUAAGGUUCACUAAUCCUCUCAUAAAUGAGAUAACCCUCACUGCAGUUAAUGAUUUAUUGCCUUAUUAAAGUCUAAGAGCAAUUUUUGUCAAAUUUGCACAGCAAGAUAGGCAGAUAUUGUAAGCAUUUCAGUUCUUUUGGAAAAAUAAUUAUCAUGACAUUGUACACCUGUAAAAUGAAAUUUUAUAUGCAUGAAUAGAGGGAUGGUGAACCUUAAUAUAAUGAUUUUUUUUUUCGCAACAUGAGUAAAGUAUAAAUUCAAAAUUCUUCUACUUCUGUUUCUGUCCCAAGAAUUGGGAUAAAUUGCAUCUUUUUAUCAUGCAUUUGGUAUGUUUGGUAUAUCAUACGUUUCCUACCAGUAUCUUGUGAACCCAUGGACUUCAAGAAAAUUAUUCAUGAUAAUCAGUUGACCCUUACCGAUUUCCAGUUCAAAAGGUCAAAUAUCACAUGGUUUUCUGCCAUAUCUUCUUGAAAUGUUGUUAUAAAACAAAUCUUGUUAAUUUUAUCCUUCAUAGUCAACCUUUUUUUUAUAUACAAGUUGGGCAUAGUAAUGUGAUGACCUUAAUUAUUUUAAGGCUAAAGGUCAACAGCCUUUUAAUUUAGUGUUGUCCAAUCAGCAUCUAAGGAACUAAUUGUUUGAUAUAGUAAGCAAGCUUUAUAUUAAGAUUGGCUAUUAGAGAUUGUUGAUUUAUUUUAUCAGAAACUUCUCCCCUUUUUCUGGGAAUUUCAAAUACAAAAAGACCACUAAAUAUAAAAUUUUGUAAAUCUGACUCAUUACUUUAGAGGCACAUGUGGCUUUGUAUUUCAUUCAACUCCUUUCUCUUAUUUUUGUUUAGUAUUAAAAAACUAUUGUAGAGGGAAAUUUUACGCAAAUUAUUUCUCCAAUUAGUGUUUUGUUCAGAAAACCCCAUUUUUAGAUUUGAACAUGUACUAUAUGUGAAAAAUGUACUCACUGUUCAUUGUUGUCUGUCAGAUUUUCCCUGAAAUUGCAAUUUAUUUCAUGUACAUUGAACAUUAACUUCUUCAAUAUGCAUGUAUAGGAGAAAAAAUAAUAGAUGUUUGUUAUUGUAAUGUUAGGAAAUAUACAAAGUUUGUGGAGGUAAAAGUUGUUAAUGAGAUUAAAUUGUUUUUAUUGCUUCAUCUCUUGUUAAGUCACAAAUCAAAGAUGUAUAUAUAUACAUUAAUAUCAUAUUGUAUGAAUGUUUUGAGGUCAUUUUUUUAUCAUAUUUACAUGUAUAUUUCAAAAAUGUUCAUCACAAAUGUAUUUUUAUGUACCCAGAUUCAAGAUUGAAGGAUCAAUACAGUAAAACACAGUUUAUUAUAAUGAAAUCACACUUACAGCAAAGUGAUAUGCAUUCCUUAUAGUUUUAAAUCAAAUUAAGAACUUAUUGGUCUUAGGGAAUUAUGUUCAUAACUUGUUUUACUGUACACUAUUCUGAUAGUGCUAGCUUGAAUAAUUUACAGAUAUUAUAUACAUAUAUGUGAACUCUAAAGGCAUUAAAUAGAAAGCAUUUUAUUUUGAAUGUUUAAAAAUUGCACACUUUUUUACCUAACUGUUGUGAAAUGUGGAAGUUCUUCUUGUGUAUGUGUGUCAAACACAGUUUUUUAAGCAGUUACUUAUAUAAGUUCCUUGAAAGUAUUUCUUUUUCUGUAAAUCUGCAUGCAAGAAAAUGACCAAGGCCAUAAUUUUAUGAAUAUAAUGGCACCUGUGUUUGUGGGUUUGUAUGUAAGGAAAAGCACUCAUUCAGAGUGUUAACAACAGAAAAAAUUGCAGUGAAAAGUUUGAGAGAUAAAGACAAAGUCAUAUUCCUCAAAUGCUUAUUUUAUAUGAACAUAUGGCCAACACAUAUUGUGUAUUUGAUAUAGGCAUUUAUGAAUAUGUCAUGUUUAUCAAAAAAUAAGCCCAACCUUGUCAUUAUCUUAAAAAGACGUUGUGAUUCUGUCAUUCAAACUUCACUUUACACAUUAUAUGUACUUUUUCUUGUGUUGUUACUUGAAAAAUACUUUUCAAGCCUUAAA